GAGUUAACUGUAGAUGUCAGACUGUGCUCGCUGUGGGUGAUGUCAGAUUGGUAAUAACGCGCAGAAAUGGGAAUUCGGUGCGGGCAGAGCGUGAUGGAGACGCACAGCCCCAGCGGCGCGGCCGGAGCCGCUGUGCUCCCGGCGCAGGGCCUGCUGCGGGGGCACUGCGAGAAUUGCCAAUUAUUGUGGGAGCUGCGGACUCGGAGGAGCAGAUAUUUCUGCCUGGGGCAGAGAUACUUGGCUGGUUUUGCCGCACAAAGAUACUGAGGCGUGUUUUGGUUAGAGAGUCGGCUGAUGCCUGUCUUGUCUGCCAGUUGUGCCAUAAGGCAGCCUCCUCGGGUAUCAUCAGUCCGAAGAAGGAAUUCUGUUGUGUGCUGUGGAAAGCUGGCUGUGAUCAAUAGGCAGUGUAAUGUUAGCUCCUGAUACCGCCUCUUGAUUUCUCCCAAGCUGAUCGUGGACCAGUGAACUAAAGCUGAGAGAUGCUGAAACACGUCCCUCACCUUAUUCAGUUCCCCAUUCGCCUGCCCUUCACUUUCCCUAUGCCUUGGUUGGUGGGAUUUCAAAGGAAAAAUUCUGAUUCUGGGCCCGUUCAAAGAAAUCCGUGUGUUUUGCUUUUGCUUGUCUCACUUGCUGUUUAAUAAUAGCUGUGAGGUUGAAGAUCCCCGUGCCCAAGGGCUGGGGGCAUUUGCCCUUCUGUACAAGUGAAGUUAACCGAUACUGCUUGAUGCUGUUUAACCUUGUAUUAUCUUAGGUGUCACAUGAUGAGGCAGCUUGAUUUGUUUAAGGCUUUGUGAUGAUGCAAUGCAAUAAUAAUUAUAAAUCUUCUAAUUGUCUGAAGAACCUUUAAAUACUACUCUGUCUUGGGAGGUACUUCAUGUGUGUUUAUUCCCAAGAGGCAUGGGCAUGGAUGAGUAGAUGAUAUUAAUCAUCUUCAUUUUGGGGUGGGAGCAGUUUGGCACAGGUGCUUUAAGUUGUAAUUUAUGGGUGUGAUGUCAUGUGCUAGAUAAGCUUUCAUAGGGUCUGCCGUGUAAAUUACAGCCUUUGUUUAUAUGUGUGCAUUUUCACAUGUUUUGGAAAUCCACGCCGUGUAGUUUGCUUGCGAGCCUGUGCCCGAGCUGUGAGCGAGAUCCAGCAGAAUGUGCUCCCGUUGCGCAGUGGAGCUCAGGGCUUGAGAACAUUUUGCUUUGCCUUGUGCUGGCAGCCCACUCCAGGUGCGAAUGUGCCCCGUGGUGUCUGCGUGCUGCCAUGCGUGUGGUGGUUGGCUGCGAAAGCAGUGCCCAGGUGAAGGGCACGUGAGAGCCGAGCAGGAAGGUGGAUUAUUGCUGCGAGGAUGAGCGGGCGUUGCUAGAGAUGCUCUGUGGUUCGGUGCAGCUGGAGCUGUCUGAAUGAAGCUAUGGGCUGUGCCUCCGCCAAGCAUGUGUCUACUGUUCAAAACGAAGAGGAAACUCAGAAGGGCAAGAACUACCAGAACGGAGAUGUGUUUGGGGAUGAGUAUAGGAUCAAACCAGUGGAAGAGGUCAAAUACAUGAAAAAUGGGGGAGAAGAUGAUCAGAAAAUAGCAGCCAGGAACCAAGAAAACUUGGAAAAAAGUGCCAGUUCAAACACAAGACUUAAAUCUAAUAAAGAGAUCCCAGGAUUAGUACAUCAACCCAGAGCAAACAUGCACAUCUCCGAAAGCCAACAAGAGUUCUUCAGAAUGCUUGAUGAAAAAAUUGAAAAGGGUCGUGACUACUGUUCAGAGGAGGAGGAUGUCACAUAGUGCCAGCUCUGCGCUCGCCCCAGGAGCACCUCCAGUGUAAAUAGAUCCAACCCAGCCUUCUGGAUACAACCUUUGGGACGUCUGCUCGGGUGAACAGCACUCCAUAACAGAAGAAGACCAUUUCCACAUUAUAUGCUCCAUUCAGUUACAGUGUUUCCUAAUGAACACAUGAGGAAUAUUGCUAAGAACUCGUAAGGAACUGUUUUUGUUGCUGCUAGUUAAAACUUGUUGCAACUUCUCACUUUUUUCUGUGUCCAGAUACGCAGCAAAUCCUUAAAAGUUAAUCCAAAAGACGUUGUUGAUUUUAUUGAGGCUUCUGGCCCGUUUUCUAUCAGACAGGUAGUGUUAUACCAAGCUUCCAUAAGUGAACAUCCAAGCAUCUAAGAAACACCCCUGAGCUGUGUGUCCGUCCGUGUUGGGGCCAGAGUGCUUGUUAGUGCUGGUGGUUCCAGGCUUUGGAGAUGGGAUGUUUUUGCCAUGGCAGGCCUUGUUUCUCAGCUGAGAAGAAGCUGAGAAACUGUUAUCCAUUAAAAGCAUGUUAUCACUGAAAUACUGGAAGUGAUACAGGAGCAGAAACUUGUAUUUUAAGAGGAAAAAAAGUUUCAUUUAGAAGGUAUCUUAAUCAAGGACUAAGCUUGCAGUAUUGGCUUUGCUGAGCACGAAUGGGAGUGUGAUCACAAUCAUUUUGAAUCUCUUUUUUUCUAAGAAAAUAAACAUUUUACUGUUUUUAUGUA